AUGAAGCUGUUGGUGAAGCCGCUGGGCGGUGGAAACUUCCACCUGGACGUCGAACCGAGCGAGAAGAUUGCGUCUGUCAAGGAGCAGAUCCAGAAGAGCCAGGGCCAUGCCGUGGACCUGCAGAAGCUGAUCUUUUCCGGCAAGAUCCUCGACAAUGACAAGACCAUUGAAGAGUACGGGAUCCAGGAGAAGGACUUUUUGGUCGUGAUGGUGUCCAAGCCCAAGGUUGCGAAGCCUGUCAAGGAAGCGCCGAAGGAGGAGCCCAAGGCAGAGGCCACGACCAAGGCCCAAGAGGCGCCGAAGGAGGAGCCCAAGGAGGAGCCCAAGGUGGCGCCUGCGUCCGAGCCCGCUGCCGCCGCAUCCGCACCCGCCGAGGCUGCGCCUUCGGGCGUGUCCGGUGCCGAGCUCGAAGCCGCGGUGAGCAACAUGGUCGAGAUGGGCUUUCCCCGUGAGGAUGUGCAGCGUGCGAUGCGCAUGAGCUUCAACAACCCCGACCGUGCGGUGGACUACCUGAUGAACGGUCUCCCUGCCGAGACGCCUGCCGAGGCGCCCGCCGCGGAGCCUGCUGCGCCCGCCGCGCCUGCGCCUGCCGGUGCCGCUGCGCCUGCGUCGGACGCCCCGCGGUCAGGCAACCUGUUUGAGCAGGCUGCCGCGCAGACCGCGCAAGGUGGCGGCGCGUCGGACGCGCUCCCCGGCGAGGUCGACAGCCAGGGCCGCCAGAUGAUUGAUCUGAGCAACCCCCAGAUUCUGAACCAGCUGCGCACGCUGGUGCAGCACAACCCCGCGGCGCUCCAACCGCUGAUCCAGGCGCUCGUACAGAGCAACCCCCAGCUGGCCGAGGCGCUGAGUGCGGACCCCGAAGGUGUCCUGCGCAUGCUUGCCGGCGACGAAGGCCUCGAGGCGAUGGAGGGCGAAGAGUCGUUUGACGUCCCUACGCUGCAGCAGCUCAGCGAGGAGGACCGCGGCAAGGUUGAGCAGAUUAUGGCGAUGGGCAUCCCCGAGAGCAAGGCGAUUGAGAGCUACUUUAUGUGUGGCCGCAACCUCGAGAUGGCCGUGCAGUACUACUUCGAGAACCCCCAGGACUUUGAGGACUAG